AUGAUUCCUUUAUAAGCCUGGAUCGUCAACGAUUCUUCACGUUCCUUCAGUCCUCUGGAAGCAAGAUGCAUAUGUUGGUUCUGUUUUUGAUCGUGGCUGUUGUUGCUGCUACUCCAGUGGAGCAGCAGCAACCACUUUCGGCAGCUGAGAAAGAGGAAGCUCGUCUGGCUCUGCAGAACCCUGACCUAUUUGAAGGUGAUAUUUUGGGCCUGGAACCUGAUGUUGACAGAAACGCCAUCAGUGAUGAAAGACUGCGAUGGACCGAUAAGACUGUGCCCUACGUCAUUGAUUGGUCUUUAAGUUUCUCGUCCAAUUUAAUCAAACAAUCGAUGGAAGCCUAUCACCAAACAACAUGCGUCAAGUUUGUGCCACGAACGAACCAAAGGAACUACAUUAAAAUUUUUGCUGGACAAGGAUGCUACUCCUACAUUGGCAUGUUGAACCAAGGGCCACAGGAAGUGUCCCUGGGUCGGGGCUGCGUCUACAAGGGCACCAUCAUUCACGAGUUGGGACACGCCCUGGGUUUCUGGCACGAACAGAACCGAUCCGACAGAGACAACUACCUUACCAUCUAUUGGAACAACAUUCAAAACGGCAUGUCCAACCAGUUCCACUUGAUGAAGCCCAGUGACAACAUCUUGUACACUCCCUUCGACUACGGCUCCAUCAUGAUCUACGGCAACUACGCCUUCUCCAGAGACGGACGAUCCCCCACCAUGGUGGCUAAGAACGGACAGAGGCUGUACGAGCCCUACGAGAAACAGGGAAUGACUCAGAGUGACAUCACUCGGGUCCAGAAGAUGUACAAGUGCUAAGUUCGCAAUAUUAUGUUUAGAUUACCUUAUGAAAAUUUUGAAUUCUACCGCACAAACUGUCUGAAAUACUUAAUAAAUCAAUUCUAAAAAUUAUGGCAAUAAAACUUCAUGCAUUUA